AGUACUUAAAAGGGAACUAUACCGACGAAGAGAAAAAGAAAACCAAGGACAAGGUGCAGCAGACAAGACCUCCGGGACAAAGCCCCAGACCAACCGGACUCAAAAUCACCAGCUUGGCUGCAACAGCUUCUUCAUUGUCCCUGCUCUUCAGAGAAUGGAUUGUUGGAAGAAAGGGCAAAGUAGCAGCUGGAUUUAUCCCACGCUGAUCCUCUGUAUAUAUGGAUUUUUCUACACAAUGAAGCCACUGGACUCUUUUCUAAUUCCCUAUCUAACAGGACCAGACAAAAACCUGACCAUUGAUGAGGUGACAAAUCAUGUUUUCCCAGUUUGGACAUAUUCCUACCUGGUGCUGCUGGUUCCAGUUUUCCUGAUCACAGACUACAUGUGCUAUAAGCCAAUCAUUAUUCUCCAAGGAGUCAGCUUCAUCAUUACUUGGCUGAUACUAAUGUUUGCACAAGGAAUGAUAGCCAUGCAAAUAGUGGAGGUUUUCUAUGGUCUGGUCACAGCCACAGAGAUAGCCUAUUACUCUUACAUUUACAGCGUUGUCAGUGCUGACCACUAUCAGAAAGCAACAAGCUACUGCAGAAGCAUCACACUAGUUGCAUCCACAGUUGGGGCAGUGCUAGGACAACUGUUGGUAUCAUUGGCAGACUUAUCCUAUUUUUAUCUAAGCGCUAUAAGCUUGGCUUCUCUCUCCUUAGCAUUUGUUACCUCACUUUUAUUACCAAUGCCCCAAAAAAGCAUGUUUUUUCACAGCAUCUCAGACACUCCCCCAAGUUCAAAACAGGGAGAGCCAAAAGCAUCCAGCACUAACGAGCAACCUGAUGGCCAAGAUGACAAAGACUCUGUCAAGUCAGCUGCAAACCCCAGCACCUCACCUGAAUGCCAUCCUAACACUGCUAAGCCACAGAAUCACGUGCUGAGAGUGCUGGUGCAGCUGUUCAAGGACAUGAAGGAGUGCUACGGCACAAAGAGGCUUCUUUACUGGUCUCUCUGGUGGGCGUUAGCCACUGCAGGCUUCUAUCAGGUCCUGAAUUAUGUCCAGGUGUUAUGGGACCACAGGGCACCUUCCCAGAGCUCCACAGUAUACAAUGGGGCAGUGGAAGCAAUAGCAACUUUCCUUAGUUCAGCAUCAUCCUUGGGAGUAGGAUAUGUGAAAAUAAACUGGGAUCUUUCAGGAGAGCUAGCCUUGGGGAUAUUCUCUGCAGUGAAUGCUGGUUCUCUGUUUCUCAUGCAUUUUACUGCCAAUAUCUGGGCAUGCUAUGCUGGCUACCUAGUUUUCAAAGCAUGUUACAUGCUCCUCAUAACAAUAGCAACAUUUCAGAUUGCUAUCAAUUUAAGCAUGGAACGUUAUGCUUUGAUGUUUGGAUUCAACAACCUGAUCGCACUGGUGAUUCAAACUAUUCUAACUGUUGUUGUUGUUGAUGCAAGAGGUCUGGGAUUGGAUAUAGUUACUCAGUUUCUAAUUUAUGGCAGCUACUUUGCAGUCAUAGCUGGGAUUUUCUUGAUCAGAAGCAUUUGCACAAUUGUUUCAAUCAAAUGCAGAAAGAAAAUACUGUGCAUUUCCAGAGAAUCUGGAGGUCAGAAAAUGAUGGAAUAUGGAUCUAAAGAGCAUAUUAUCAGUGGCUAUACAACACAACUAUAACUUACCAGACAGGCACAUCUUCCAGGUCAAGUCCUGCUUGCAAGACUCUAAUUGAAGUCAACUAGAGAUAGCAAUGAGAAAAAGAUCAUGACUUACCAAUAGGUAUAUGGCACCUGUUAAAUUUACUCUAAGCAAAAGUGUUGUGUUAAGAUACAUUGGGCCAGAUGAUCACACACAAUCACACACCCCACAAACACUGCACCCACCUAUACCCUCCCCUCCACAUGCAGCCCCACACACAUAUCCCUGCUCACUGUUAUGCAUGCACACACCCCCCCACAUGUACCCACACCCACCCAGGCAUACCCCACACCCAC